UAAAUUUGCGAUUAAUUGCGAGUUAACUCUGGACGAAGUGCGUGAAUCGCGAUUAAAAAUUUUAAUCGCCUGACACCUCUAAUAAAAUUAUAAGACUUUAUGUUUUACCAAAAUGUACACAUGUCAGAUGACUGAGUGAAAUGAUGAUUAAAUCUAUUAUCAGAACUGUUUAUCUUAAGAUUAAGUUUUAAGUGUAUUAUCUUCUGCUACACAGCAAUUCAUAUAGUUUCUGUUCAGAAGAAGUUAUUAAACGAGAGAGUAAUAUAAAAAUAACAGCAACAUAUUUACUGCUUUAGGAAGAUGUUUUUUAAGACUGAGUUUUAUUUUGAAAAAAACUUGAAUGUGCUGCUGUCAAAAACCCUGGUAAUGUUUCCACUGGCUCCAUGUUUGCUGGCCUGAUGCUGUCUUAAUUUUCCCUCUUUAAAUCAAAAGAAUGCACCGGACAAUUCAUGUGUAUCCUCAUUUGUCUGGCUUUUUUGGAAUAUACUCCUUUAGGGAUGAUCUGCUUCUGAAUGGAACCUUUUGCUCAUCGACACACAACAUUUCGUUUUGAGGGAGAGCUUGAAAUUUGGGGUGAAGUAGAUCAACAAUCAAGCCUAGUUUGAAUAGCUUUCUGUUGUUGUUGGGAGCUUUGUUAUCAAUGGAAUGUGGGUAAUGUUUGAUUUUUAUCCCACCUGUCUCAAGACACUCUUGAGUCAGACUCUUUAUACACUAGGCCAGUACAUCUCUGACCGAGGUAAACCAAAAACACUCGUGUACACCAGUGUAAAUAACCUUCUUCAGUGAAGGCCAAUCUAGUUUGAGGACAUGGUUUGGAUUUUGCUCUGAGCAGUACACGUUACUUUGUUAAAUGGUAAAUGGCGUAUACUUAUAUAGCGCUUUCUACCUUCCUUCGAGGGCUCAAAUCGCUUCACAGUCACAGAGCGAUUUCAACCAUUCACAACACAUUCACACACUGGUGGUUGCUCCACUGCAUCCUUCAACCAGAGGCAAUUCGGGGUUAAGUGUCUUGUCCAAGGCACUUUGACACAUGGUGGGAAUCGAACCUGCAAUCUUCCGAUCAGGAGUCGACCGCUGCAAGGAAGAUCAAAUCAAGUCACUAGUUACAGCUGUUAAAGUCUUGAGGUGAAUUUAAGGUUGUAAAAUUAAUGACUCAAGUCAUUGUCCUGUGACUCAAAUCCACACUUAUAGACUUCAAGAUUCCUAUGAUCCUGAAAAGGAUUGAGAGGAUUUAGAAAAUGGAUGAUAGUACAGAUGGGCUUUAAAAAUGUAAAACUGUAGGGUUUCUAACUGAGGUGAUUUAAAAUGUAUUUGGGACUUAACCAUACAAAAAACUGAUACUUUCUUGGAUAAUACUUUCUUGUAUUUGUGUCCCUGCAGACCUCCCCCAGCAUUGGUUGAUAGAAGAGGAAGAUAUCUGCAACCAGCAGAGGAACUUCAGAGUGGAACAGAAUGAUCCAGAACCUACACAGACAAAAGAGGAGCAGGAAGAACAAGAACCUCAACAGAUAAAAGAGGAACCGGGGGGACCAGAACCUCAACAGACAGAAAAGGAACAGAGGGAACCAGAUCCUCCACAGAUUGAAGAAGAGCAAGAGUAUCCAGAAUCCCCACAGAUUGGUGAGGAGCAGGAGGAACCAGCAACUAUACAGAUUAAGGAGAGUUAUACCUUGAUGGAAAUCCCUUCUUAUGAGGAAAAUGAGAACAGUGAAGCAAAUCUAAACAAUCAGCAGAACUUUAAUGUAACUGAGAGUCAGGAUGAAGAAGAAAACCAACAUGAAGAAUCAACAUCAACUACAGAUGAAGAGACAGACCCACAGAACGGAAAUCAGAGAGGCAAAAGAGACAGAAGUCAUGUCCAAGACAUGUCAGAAAGUCAGUGUGACUCUGAUGUUAGAAAAAAAUCAGAGAAAACAACUUUGGUUAAAAAACGCAAACAAUCCACUAAAGAAAAAAUAGUUUCCCAUUUAAAGUCUGGUAAAGGAACAAGAACUCCUCAAAAUAUGUCUGCCCACAUGAAAACAAAGUCAGAUGAAGGACUUCAUGUCUGUGAAGAAUGUGGUAAAAGUUGUGGCUCUUGGUUAGAAUUCAGAACUCAUAUGAGGACUCACAUAGAAAAGAAGCAUUUUCGAUGUAAAGAAUGUGACAAACAUUUUAGCAAUGGAUCCAAUUUCAAAAGACACAUGAGAACUCAUACAAGAGAGAAGCCUUUUACAUGUAAAGAAUGUGACAAAAGUUUUAGUCGAAUAUCUCAUCUCAAAACACACAUGAAGAUUCAUACAGGAGAGAAGCCUUUUACGUGUAAAGAAUGUGAUAGAAAUUUUUGUCAAAAUUCCAAUCUCAAAAGACACAUGAGAAUUCAUACAGGAGAGAAGCCUUUUACGUGUAAAGAAUGUGAUAGAAAUUUUUGUCAAAUAUCUCAUCUCAAAACACACAUGAGAAUUCAUACAGGAGAGAAGGCUUUUACGUGUAAAGAAUGUGAUAAAAGUUUUAGACUGAUAUCCAGUCUCAAAACACACAUGAAGAUUCAUACAAGAGAGAAGGCUUUUACGUGUAAAGAAUGUGAUCGAAGUUUUAGUCGGAUAUCUCAUCUCAAAAGACACAUGAAGAUUCAUACAGGAGAGAAGCCUUUUACGUGUAUAGAAUGUGAUAGAAGGUUUAGACUGAUAUCCAGUCUCAAAAGACACAUGAAGAUUCAUACAGGAGAGAAGCCUUUUACUUGUAAGGAAUGUGACAAAAGUUUUAUUGAUCUAUCUUCUCUCAAAAGACACAUGAGAACUCAUACUGGAGAGAAGCCUUUUAAGUGUAAAGAAUGUGACAAAUGUUUUAUUCAUGUAUCUUUUCUUAAUAGACACAUGCUAAAUCAUACAGGAGAGAAGCCUUUUACGUGUAAAGAAUGUGAUAGAAGUUUUAAUCGAAAAUUUAGUCUCAAAACACACAUGAAGAUUCAUACAGGAGAGAAGCCUUUUAUUUGUAAAGAAUGUGAUAGAAGUUUUAAUCGAAAAUCUCAUCUCAAAAUACACAUGAAGAUUCAUACAGGAGAGAAGCCUUUUACGUGUAAAGAAUGUGAUAGAAGUUUCAGUCGGACAUCUAGUCUCAAAACACACAUGAAGAUUCAUACGGGAGAGAAGCCUUUCACUUGUAAGGAAUGUGAUAGAAGUUUUAAUCGAAAAUCUAGUCUCAAAAUACACAUGAAGAUUCAUACAGGAGAGAAGCCUUUUACUUGUAAGGAAUGUGAUAGAAGUUUUAAUCGAAAAUCUAGUCUCAAAAUACACAUGAAGAUUCAUACAGGAGAGAAGCCUUUUACGUGUAAAGAAUGUGAUAGAAGUUUCAGUCGGACAUCUAGUCUCAAAACACACAUGAAGAUUCAUACAGGAGAGAAGCCUUUUACUUGUAAGGAAUGUGAUAGAAGUUUUAAUCGAAAAUCUCAUCUCAAAACACACAUAAAGAUUCAUUCAGGAGAGAAGCCUUUUACUUGUAAGGAAUGUGACAAAAGUUUUAUUGAUGUUUCUUAUCUCAAAACACAUGAGAACUCAUACCGGAGAGAAGCCUUUUAAGUGUAAAGACUGUGACAAACGUUUUAUUGAUGUGUCUUCUCUAAAUAGGCACAUGCAAAGUCAUACCGGAGAGAAGCCUUUUAAGUGUAAAGAAUGAGACAAGAGUUUUAUUGAUUUAUCUUCUCUCAAUAAACACAUUCAAAUUCAUACAGGAUAGAUGCGUUUUUCUAGACAUAAAUUGUAAUUAGGAAUAAAGUCUAAAUACAAGCAUCUUCAGUUGUUUGAGGUUUUGUAACAAACUGGAGAAUUUGCAUGAUGGAAAAUGUUUAUUGAAAAUGUGAAUCAAAAUAAAUGUGUGAUCCAAUUCAUUUUGUAAUGAUUCUAAAUGUUUAAUGACAGAAAAUAUUUAACUCAUUCAUGAAUUACGUUUAAGUACUCUUGUAAAUAGAAAUUUUUUUUUUUUUUUUGUCAGUAAGAUUUGUUUUUCUAAUGUAACUCUUAAUUUUUAUUUGUUGAAUUUUGUACUUUUAUGAUAUUGUUAAGGGACCCAGUGUGGUUGUAGUUCAUGCUGAGACAAUGCUGUCUAAGUCUGUGUGUUACUUAGACGAAUAUGGAAAUAUUUUUUUUUCACUCUUUUUACCCUGUUUAUGUGAUUCACUUAAAUAUUGUCUAAAUCUAAAAUAAUUGCAGUUUAUAUUUUGUUAAGGUGUGUUAGCAAAUAACAUUUUGGUGAAGGAAACGUUUAGUAAAAAUGUAUUCAUUAAGAGAUGGAUAAAGAAACAGACUGGUGUUUGUGUUGUUGUGAUUCCUGUUUUGUAUCAGAGAUUAGAAGUGUUUCUCUGUUCUUUUUAGUUCUCAGUGUUCUGUCUCAAUCUUUCCUGUGAAGAAUAAAGUGGACGUGAACAUCA